CACGAAGCAGAAGAAGAACUAUGUACGUAGUUCUUUCACAUUAUUCUGAUCUGAACUCUCUAUGGGACAAUGGAUCUAAUUAACUAUCGCUAGUUAUUUUAGAAGGCAAAACACUCAUGAAGCAGGCUCUCUUUGGAUAUUUAUGAGCCUCAUAUUUCACUAACAGUGAUUUCAGGGCUGUGUCAGGUUUUGGAUGGAUUCAGCACCUGAGGUAUUAUUUCCUCGUGUAGUCGCAUCCAGGGACCUCAGGGAUCUGAAUCCUGUACAGCAGCGGGAAGAAAAUGGUCAAGUAUUUUUGUAGUAAUGCAGACAUCAGGAGCACGUGGGACCAUGUUGUCGCUGCUUUCUGGCAGAGAUACCCUAACCCAUUCAGCACCCAUGUCCUCACAGAGGACGUUGUGUACCGGGAGGUGACCGCGGACCACCGGCUGCUCUCCAGACGCCUCCUGAUGAAGACCAAUCGGCUUCCUCGCUGGGCGGAGCGGAUCUUCCCCUCCGGCAUGUCUCGCUGUGUGUACAUCAUCGAGGACUCCAUCGUGGACCCCGUCAACAGGAAGCUGACCACCUACACCUGGAACCUCAACCAUACAACGCUCAUGUCAGUGGAGGAGCGUUGUAUUUUCCAAGACUCCGCGGAGCAGCCGGCCUCCACCCAGAUAAGACGGGAGGCGUGGAUAUCCUCAAACGUUUAUGGCGUCUCCAGACCUAUUCAGGAGUUCGGACUGGCCCGAUUCAAGAGCAACCAGGUGAAGGCCAUGAAAGGGCUGGAGUACGCGCUCUCCAACAUACAGGGAGAGACGCCCCAGCGGCCUCUCAGGGACCCAGUGAAGGCCAAGGGGGGGGCCAAGAGCCUGGCUUCAGCUGCGUCGGUCCCACAGAAACCCCCGCAGUACGUCUGAGGGGCCGCAGUGUGGAGCGCUGUGCAGGUGACAUGAACUCAACACCACGCCUUUUCAUCUCCUCCACUGGACUGAGGGGUUCUGGGAUCUCGCUGAUCGGUGGUUCUUUUGUGUGUUCUUGAAGUAUGAAGCAGCUACCGUGACCUUUCUGUCUACGUUGCGUCUCAGGUCCCGAGCCUUCGUCUGAAACAUAUCGUCUCUGUGGGAAAUUGUUCGGAUUGUGAUCAGCAGCACCUGUUAAUGCUGUAACUACGUCAUGUUUAUAAAUGCACAUUUUCUUGUCUUGCCAUGUAUGUAAUUUAUCUAUUUUAAUUUAUUAAUCUUAUUUUCAUGUAAAACGAUAAAACUCUUCUCAAACAGUUGCACACUUUGGACUUGAAGUAAUAUAUUAUUAUUGUUAUAGGUUCAUCCUCUGAUACUGUGACUGUGUAACUUUAGUUAAGCUUAAACAACUAAAGGACAAGGAUAAGGAAUCGUGGAAUAUUCAAAGGGAUUUCUUAAUGAUUUCUUACUUAUUUAACAUUUUCUGGGGUUGAGACUCUUCGUGUCACUUUCAAACACAUCACACAGUGUGUUGUAUGAGUGUCGGCAUGCAGAGUCCUCUGUAAAACUGCACAUAACAAUAAAACACUUGGUUUAAAAGCUACUGGUACCGAAGCUCUGAUAAUCACAAGAAACCAAAGUGACCUAUAUAAAGUCAUAGUGAGAAGGUUUUCUGUGUUCAGAUUGACUUUGUGAUGUCUCUGUUUGACACUGAGGUCGUUAAGGAACCCUUUUUAUAUCAUUUCCUGUGUAUGAAGCUGAAGUAGUACUGAAUAUGACGAAAGAUUUCAGUGAUUGCAUUCCCUUUUUCUAGAUGGACAUUUCUGGACUUUGCUGCUUCAAAACUUGAACUAUAAUAGUUUUAAAUAAUAUUAUGUUAUAUAUAUAAUCAUGUGAUGUAUGAAUGCUUAUUUAGAAUUAUGCAUUUGUGAUACGGAGUAUAUCUAGAGAUAUAAGUACAGAGUAAGAAAUGUAAAAACUAAAUGGUUUAGAUUUUUUAUUAAAAAAUAUAAUAUAUUUUGUUACUCAUUCAAAAACAUUUUAAACCAACCUUGCAAGUUGAGAGUCUGAUGUCUUGUUUUUUCAUUGUGAAAUUAUGCUUUAUUAAAAUGUGAUAAGUUAUUGAUUUAAAUGUGCCUCUCUUGAGUUUAUCACUUUCUCUGCUGUGGCAAAAAGAUGAACUCUGACCUUUCAAACCAGUUACUAUUCCAGAUCAGUUUCACAGCUGCACAAACAGGA